AUCACAGCUAUUUUUCACACUCUCUGUGUCACAUUAUCCCGGCAACACCUCUCCCCUAGCUCCUUUAUUCCAAUUCCCCCUAUAAAACUCACAGCCUUCUUCUUCUUCGUCUUCACCCAACGCUUUGAAAAUGGCCACUUCUUCUUCUUCAGCCAACGCUUCGAAAAUGGCAAGGAACAUCGGCCCUCUCGUGUGCCUCUUGGUCAUGAUCAUGGAUGCUAUUGCCGGAAUACUUGGCAUUCAGGCUGAAGUAUCCCAAAACAAGGUGAAGCAUUUGAAGGUGUGGAUUUUCGAGUGCAGAGACCCGAGUUACCAGGCUUUCAAACUCGGUUUGGCUGCGGCUGUGCUUCUGGCGCUAGCGCACACCAUUGGGAACUUGCUUGGUGGGUGCGUUUGCCUCUGGUCUAAGCAAAACUACGACAACGCCACAGCUAACAAAAGACUAGCUUUUGGAUCCCUCAUUCUCUCAUGGAUAAAUUUCGCAAUCGGAUUCUCAUUGUUAAUGGCCGGAGCAAUGGCAAACUCAAAAUCAAGAAAAUCUUGCGGAUUAUCAAACCAUAGGAUCCUAUCAAUUGGAGGCAUCCUCUGCUUCUUUCAUGGAUUGUUCACACUAGCCUACUACGUCUCGGCAAAGACCACAAUCCGAGACGAAGAAAAGCUCAAGAACCCUACCAACCACGGCGGCCAUCCUCCGGCAUAA